AUGUCUUUGAGACGAUCCAAACAAAGCAACAUAAAAGACUUCAGCCUUCACAAAUAUGGCACAAAAGAACUGAAAAGAUUUCAUGAAGGACGCAGCAGUAUACUUGACAACCCCAUCUCUUUACCACCAACAACAAGGAAAGGCUUCAUGGUACCUUUAGAUGCCCAUCAAUUACGAAAGGAAGAUGGCCAAGCAUCAAAGAAGCGCCGUUCAUCAUUGUCAACAGACGAAGAAGAAGAAGAAGAAGAAGAAGAAGAAGAAGAAGAAGAAGCGGACGAUGGUGACUUCAGAUCUAGCAAAAAACCAGAGAAUACCCUAAAGAUGCCCAAGAAGAAGACAGGCUCCACUUCAAGCAAUUCACUGCACAUCCCCACAAAGAGAGGCACUCUGUCAAGCUCAAGCAUGAAGACAGAGGACCUCUUUGAAUCGGCGUCUCCUCCCGAUUCUCCUCAAACAACGCUCAGGUUAUCAAAGAAAGAAGUAAACCCAUUUGCCAGCAAUAGACAGACACUGAUAGUACCAGCGAAAAAGAAGGCAAAAAUGGAUACUGAUGAAUUGGAGAGGAUGCACGAUUCUCUGGUCAAAGGUCAGAAGAGCAAUAACCGUGAACAAGAUGCGAGUGAAAGGAAAUGCGAUUUCUGCGGCGAACAGCUAUUCCCAAUUACAGAACCUAUCCGCAAAGCAUUGGAAGAGCUUGAAAAGAAGAAUGAUGCCUACGUCAAACGACAAAAUCGACAUUCUGAGCAGAUGCAUGCAGCCUCAUCCUUUAGUACUCCAACUGGCUUUGUGAUCUCAAGACCUGUGUCCAAUGAUGAGAAAGACAAGUUCUGCGGAUUGCACAGGAUCCAACUGGUGAUUCGACCUGAAGGUAUCAGAAAGGGCUAUCCACGACAGAUUGACUUCAGCAAGAUCAAGGAAAGAAUCAACUGCUUCAGAAAUGAACUCGACGAUGUUAUUCAUGGUGGCAUCCCCAGUGAUUACAAAGCUAUCGCAGAAAAGGCGUACAGAGAGCAAGGUCAAGCCAAGGCAAGAAGUGUCAUGAGUGUGCUCAAUCGAUUCACUGCUACCUUGCCCGGUUACUACGGCCCUAUGGGCGCUGCUGUCAUUCUCAAAGUUUUAACGAAAAUGUACAUUGAUACUGGAUAUUUGCGUAAGCAUUUGGUGUCGUCGCAACUGCCACUGGAGUAUUUGCAACAAGUGCUUGUUCCAGAGGUGGGCUUUCGUUUAAUCCGACAAGAUCUGACUAGUAAAAGAAAGGGUACACCUAUUCCAGGACUGACUGAGAAAGCAAAGACCAUUAUGAAGGAAAGUGCGGCGUAUGGCAAUGCCAUGUUCCCUGCUGAAGAUGCCGACAUUGACGACGAUCGUGUCUCUGAUAUCAGUAAUAAUCAUAAGGAUGAAGACGACCAAGUAGAGAUCAACGAGGUGUACGCAAUAGAUUCAGAUUAG